UCAAGUUUUCUGGUCGUCUCUCUUUGUGUAAGGAGGAGGAAGAAAUCAAGUAUGGAAUCAUCAAAGAAGGGAGGAAGGAAAGGAGGCGCUAAGAAGAAGGGGGUUUCAAGAACCCUGCGAGCCGGUCUGCAGUUUCCUGUCAGUCGAAUUGGAAGAUAUUUAAAGAAGGGCAGAUAUGCAAAGCGGGUUGGCUCUGGUGCCCCUGUUUACAUGGCUGCCGUCAUGGAGUAUCUCGCGGCUGAGGUUUUGGAAUUGGCCGGAAAUGCGGCAAGGGACAACAAGAAGAACAGGAUCAUUCCGCGGCAUGUUCUGUUGGCGGUGAGGAACGAUGAGGAGCUGGGAAAGCUUUUGAGUGGCGUGACCAUUGCACAUGGCGGUGUUCUGCCUAAUAUUCACCAGGUAUUGCUUCCAAAGAAGACCGCUGAAAAGGCUGCUUCUUCGGAGCCCAAAUCGCCGAAAUCGCCCAAAAAGUGAGAUCGGUUUCGGAUUUUCAAUCUCUUCUGCGAAAUUUUUGGUGUUUGUGAACACCACCGAGUUUUGGAUUUCAUUAACCGCUUUAAGGCUUGGGGUUUUAACUCAUUGUAUUUGCAGUCUAUUACUGGUUUGUUUUGAUGGCCGCUCGUAUAGGUUUAGGACAUUUUGUACAUAUGGAAGAUGAAGGAAAGUUUUCUUUUGGCUGGUUGGAUUGGAAAUGGGGGAUCUUUAGGGUGGUCUAGUGAAUUGGUGGUUCCAAUUGCACCUUUAGUUUGGACUGCACUGUAAAAAUGUAUGAGCAUGGAAUUUAAAACAUUAGUAUUUUUAUAAUUUUUGAGAUUGCUCACGAUGAAAGAAAAAUUACUGGAAGGGGUAUUGUUGUUCCAAGUCAAUGACAUGGAAGCGAAUGGGAGAAGAAUGAUAUACUGCGAAUGACUCGAGAAAAAUCAGUAUUUGGGCACUUCAGAUUGUGUUUUCCAAAGCUUUAUUAAAGAAGUUCAAAUUGCAUACAAUUCUGUUUAAAGCCUUUUACAUAGCAAGUCUUUUGACUAUGAGUAAGUUUAUUGUUGAUAUUGUUAAA